AUGAAGACUGAUUUCCAGUUCUCCAACUUGCUGGGUACAGUCUACAGCAGAGGCAACCUUCUAUUCACACCUGAUGGCACAUGUUUGCUGUCGCCGGUUGGUAACCGGGUUACGGUGUUUGAUCUUGUAAACUCCAAGUCACAUACCCUUCCCUUUGCGCACCGAAAAAACAUCACCCGGUUAGCACUAAACCCUCGCGGAAAUCUUCUCCUCUCUGUGGACGAAGACGGUCACGCAGUCCUCACAAAUGUACCUCGUCGCAUCGUACUCUACCACUUUUCUCUGCGCGGAGAAGUAACUGCACUCGCAUUUUCGCCAUCUGGUCGGCAUUUCGCUGUAGGCAUAGGAAGGCAGAUUGAAGUAUGGCAUACCCCGUCCACGCCAGAUGUUGCAGAGGGCGACCUGGAGUUUGCGCCAUUCGUGCGACACCGAGUUUAUACUGGGCAUUACAAUUCAGUUCAAAGUAUCGAAUGGUCGAGCGAUUCUCGAUUUUUCCUUAGCGCAUCCAAGGAUAUGACGGCGCGGAUAUGGAGCGUAGAUCAAGAGGAAGGGCAUGCGCAGACCACACUCAGCGGGCACAGGCAGGAAGUAGUAGGCGUGUGGUUCUCCAAGGACCAGGAGACGAUAUACACUGUCAGCAAAGAUGGCGCCCUCUUCACAUGGAAGUACAUGCUGCGAUACGAUGCGCCAGAAGACGCCGACGAGGAUGAUGACGAGAACCUGCAAUGGGGCAUUGCCGAACGACACUUCUUUCACCAGAACAACGCACACGUCACCUGCGCCAACUUUCACCCGGAAUCAAAGCUUCUUGUCACAGGCUUCUCGCACGGCAUCUUCUUCAUCCACGAACUACCCGACUUUGCCCAGAUCUCCAGCCUCAGCAUAUCCCAAAAUGACAUCGACUAUGUCGCAAUCAACAAAACUGGCGAAUGGUUGGCAUUCGGCGCAUCGAAACUUGGCCAGCUGCUCGUCUGGGAGUGGCAGUCGGAAUCGUACAUUCUCAAGCAGCAGGGACAUUUCGACUCGAUGAACACGAUCGCAUACUCUCCAGACGGCCAACGAAUCAUAACAGCGGCGGAUGAUGGAAAGAUCAAAGUCUGGGAGGUCAAUUCCGGUUUCUGCGUCGUCACAUUCACAGAACACAUGGGCGGAGUCACAGCUUGCGAGUUUGCGAAGAAGGGAAAUGUCUUGUUCACAGCCAGUCUUGAUGGCUCGGUCAGGGCAUGGGACUUGCACAGAUACCGAAACUUCCGGACAUUCACUGCGCCUUCAAGGCUGUCAUUUUCCUCAUUAGCCGUCGACCCGAGUGGCGAGGUUGUAUGCGCAGGCUCUAUCGACUCAUUUGAUAUCCACAUAUGGUCUGUCCAAACUGGACAGUUACUUGACAGGCUAUCCGGUCACGAAGGCCCCGUCUCUUCACUUUCCUUUUCUCCGGAUGCAAGCACGCUGGUCAGUGGAAGCUGGGACAGGACUGUACGCAUCUGGAACAUCUUCGCGCGCACGCAAACCAGCGAGCCUUUGCAACUCAUGGCUGACAUCCUCUGCGUCGCGUUCCGUCCAGAUUCGAAACAAAUAGCAGUUACAACGCUAGAUGGACAACUAACCUUCUGGAACGUCUCCGAUGCUGCGCAAGAGAACGGCGUCGAUGCGCGACGUGACGUGUCCGGUGGCCGCAAAAUGUCAGAUCGACGAACAGCAGCCAACGUGGCAGGGACCAAAGCUUUCACAACAGUCAAAUACAGCGCAGAUGGAACAUGCGUACUAGCAGGCGGCAACAGCAAAUACGUCUGUCUGUACGAUGUUCAAUCUGGUGCGCUACUCAAGAAGUUCACCGUGUCCGUGAACCUUUCCCUGGAUGGUACCCAAGAAUUCUUAAAUAGCAAGCUUCUGACAGCAGCCGGUCCUCAAGGCCUGAUUGACGAUCAAGGCGAAGCAUCGGAUCUGGAAGAUCGCCGAGACACUACGCUUCCCGGUGCACAAAAGGGUAUUGGUGCGAGACGGACACGGCCUACCGUACGUGUCCCAGCUGUUGCCUUUUCGCCCACUGGCCGGGCUUUCUGCGCUGCAUCGACUGAGGGGCUGCUCAUUUACUCCCUCGACAACACAUUCCAAUUUGAUCCAUUCGAUCUCGACAUUAGCGUAACUCCCUCCACCACUCUUGACACACUAGCACAGAAAAACUAUCUAAAAGCAUUGGUUAUGGCGUUCCGGUUGAAUGAGCGCAACCUGAUCAGGCGAGUAUACGAAGCUAUUCCCGUCUCGAAUGUUCCACUGGUCGUCAAAGACCUUCCUUCCGUGUACCUUGGUCGACUACUACGUUUUGUCGCACUCCAGGCCGACGAAUCACCGCAUCUGGAAUUCAACUUGGUGUGGAUUGAAUCCCUACUCAGCAAACAUGGUCGAUGGAUGAAGGAGAACAAGGGUGGCCUGGAAGCUGAGCUGAGAAGUGUCGAAAAGGCUGUUCGCAGAAUACAAGCUGAACUUGCAAGAUUGGCAGAUGAGAACGUGUAUCGCAUUGAGUACCUUCUUUCUCAGCCGGUUGAGUUAAAACAGAGAGUGCAACUCGAUUUUGGGGUAAAAGAAAUAGAGAAUGGGGUCUCGGACGAAGAGAUGGUCGAUGGCGAUGAUGACGAAGACGGCGGCGAAUGGCUGGGUUUUGAAGAGUGAUACCAUUUCAAUGUACGAAUAAGAAUAUUUACGAGCACCUUUCCGACCA